AUGACGGCGGCGAAGAAGCGUUUUGUUUUGGCGGUUGCCAACCACUUGGGCGGUGAGGAAUGCGCGGGACCCGUCGGCGUAUUACAAAUCUACGUCGGAGAUCGGUUGUGCGUAACCGCAUCAAAAGAUGGGUGGUGCUACGGGUAUAAACUUGACGCCCCAUCGAACCCAGGCUUAUUUCCCGAAGCCGCGGUACGGGAGCUGAAAGCCAAGCUCCGGCUAUCCAGCAUUGUAAACGGGUUGAAUGGCGACAUGGAAGCAUCAGUCGAUGCACCUUCUGAAGGAAUUCCGCUAGCUGCUGAGAUCGAAGUGGUUUUGCAGGAAUGGUGGGAUAGAAUCAAAGAUCUGUAUUCCAAAAACACGGAACUCCACUGGAUGGACGAGGUGCUGAACACGAUCGACGAGUUGCUUUUGACGCGUAAGAAACUGCUUUCCGGUGGCGUGCCGUCUGAGGAAAUUGCCCAGCUCACCACAACAACGGCCGCAACGAUUGAUCGCGUGAAUAUGCUCCUGUCCCUGAACGUGUCGAUUCGAAAGCCAAACGGGCAGCCAAGUAAUGUGGAAAAUAUGUCAAUGUUGGAAUUGUAUGAAGAGCACAAGAAAGCGCAGUUGAAAAUGUCGGUGGAUCCGAACGAAAACAACAACGACAGCGGCAUAUUUUCGAUACUUUUUGAAGUGGGCUCGGUGACGAUAAAGGACAAAUACGAUUGCGUGUUCAUCUAUCAAAUUUACGAUUUGACGAGCGGGAUUUAUUUGACAGAGCCCUUUUCCUUCAAAUGGAGCGCCGAGACGCAAAAAUUGACGGAGCACGGCUCGCGGGCGCUUUUCUGCGACCUUUGCGAAAAGGAUACCGCGAGAAAGCUGGUUCUACUGGGAAGAGUAAUCCGAAAUGCUCCAAUUGAAGGCUCGGGAACGAUGAAGAAAGUCCCGGAUCCGCAACAUUUUUGCCGACAAAUGACAGCUUUCGAUGUGAUGGAUUUGCGCCCAGUUUUUGAGCGCAAUGAUGAGAUUGAGAAAGUCGUAUUUUAUAACCGUGAUGACGCUCUACCUGCCACCCUGAAAAAUCUAGCCGUUUGCGAGAAGUUUGAGGUCAAGCUGUCAAAUAUCAUGAAAGCGGAUGAGGAUUGUAAAGCUAUGGUCACCCUCCAAAAACUCAACGGUCUUUCCGAAAGCCUAAACUCAAAGUAUCCGCACGUUUUCUCGAGAAGCGUGCCGGUCAGCGUGUUGAGGACUGAUCUCUCGAUGGCUACGUUGAGCGAAAAACUGCGCAGCGACUUCUAUCUUACGCUCGAUUCUGCCGAGAUUUAUGGGAGGUUUACGGACAAGAAUAUCGAAUGCCGGGUGUCACUUUUGAAGCCCGAUGGAGCGCCGUUGGAGAGGAGCUUUCUUUUCAUCGAGUCGGAAGACACGAGAAGCAGCUCUCAUCAAUCUAUCGUUUUUCUGCACGACGAAAAGCCGAAGUAUAUGGAAACGAUAAAGAUCCGACUACCAGAAGGCGUUAGCGAGGAUUUACACGUCAAAUUCGUUUUCUAUUCGCGAAGGCCCUACGACAAAAAUAAGGCCGAAAAAGGCCCGGUGGCCAUAGCUUACCUCAAGCUUUUGGAGCACUCGAUCUUGGUGCAAGACGGCGAGCACGAUUUGUUAGUUUACAAGGUCGAAUCCCAAGGCUACACUGAACAAAAUGUAACCUAUCUAUCGUUUCCGGAAAUGCGCUCUCAUUUGGGGGCUUCAACAAAACCCCCGCAAAAUAAUCUCUUCUCACUGAUGGAAAAGGGUCAACUGCUGGUCAGGACCCAGGCUUGUUCGAAUAUUUAUACGCACAAUGUGGAUUUGCUGAAUAUUUUGCGAUGGGAAGUCGUUCAACAAAACAUUUUGGAAAAUUCGCUCGUUUCUCUGGCAAAAAGAGCUGCCGAACGGAUACCAGAGCUCGAAAUCGAGCUUAUGAAGAAUUUGGAAAAGCUGCUGGACACGCUUUUUGAGAUGCUAAAAGCCAAAGAUGCGCUCGAAUUGCGGAUUUUUGACGCGCUGGUGGCCGUUUUGAAGCUGGCUGAAGACCCGAGGAAUCCCGCGACUUCACGGCAUCUAGCCACCUACAUCUCGAAGUUUAGAUUCCAGACCGUGGCGCCGAAAUUGAUAAACUGCAUCAACCACUAUCUGAGCUCGAAGGACACCACGAAAAAUGACAAGACGAUGAGCACGCUGAAGCUGUUGGGGACGCUCGCGCAGUUGAUUGUCAACAGCAAGCUGUUGGCGGAUAGUAUGAACAGGCUGUCAAAGCUUGAUACCAAGAUGAUCAGAAUGCGCGACCCCAUGCCCGGAUUUUCCGAAAUGGUCGACGCAAUGCUCGGUUCUUUCGUGCUUUUGAUGUCAGAAGAGGGAGAAAGAAUGCCGAUGCAAAAUACAGCUCUUCGACAUCUCCCUUCAGCCAUUCCACAUCUAGCCCAAGUUUUUGACUCUACGCUCUUGACCCAUCGCGUCGUGCACAUCAUCAACGCGUUUGGGCCGAAAAUUGUCGAGCAAGAGCGGCUGCAAUUUAUCGGGAAAAUCGUGGAGAGCGAUUUGUUCUUGGACACAAAUUCGCGCUCCAAGCUCUUCAAGGUGUGCAUCGCGCAGCUUUUAUCGUGGCUGGACCAUGAGGAAAUUGAGAGCAGAGAAACGGCAAAGUCGGCAAUUGCGGCGGGCAGAAUUUUGGGAACGAUGCUUGAUCGACUAUGGCCACUUACUGGCUUCCAAGAAGGCUACGCCGACGAGCUGGCGCUAAUUCUGGAAUACUGCAGUCGGCCCCUGAUUCGAUCAUUGUAUCUGAUUUCGCAGUAUCGAGCAGCUGAUCUCGAAAUCUCGGAAGGCAGAGGCCUGCUCUUCGCCGUGAUUCUCGCCAUUUUCAACCGGAUCUCGGACACAAUUUUCUUAAACUUUUUGGCGACGCGGCGAUUCAAUCAGGAUCGAAUGGACGUUAUUCUGGAGCUUCUGCAAAUGCUGCGCGAUUGUCUGGGGAAAAGCCCGUAUCCACAGACAUGGGCCCAGAUGACGUUGGCGCAGAAUCGUGUCGUUCACAAAGCGCUACGGCUGAUCCAUUCCGCCAUAAGCCGCUUCUUCCCCGGCGAAAGUGUUUCUACCGAGUUUUACGAUCUUGCGCAAGGCUACUUAUUGACGGUCGUCUGCUUCAUCAACCAAAUCACGGUCAAUCGAAACGGAGAACCGAGCAGAGAAGAUGAACAAGCCGCCCAUCUACAGCGCCAAGCCACAAAUGAGAUUAGAAGCAUGUGGACCCCGAUUAAUAUGGUGCACAAAGUCCAAAAAUACACCCACCGAUUGAUCGGCUCAUUCCUGCAAGUGGCCCUGAUCCCCGAUGAGGAGAUCAGGGAAACGAUGAUCGUCAUUUUCGUGGAUAUGUUGGAGUGUGAGCAUGCGUUGAAGGGAAGUGAAGGUAUCAAGAAGUUUUCCGAUGAAUUCGUGGCCCAACUCGAUCGGCUGGUGAUGAAAGGGCACGGGACCCGGUCUUUCCGAAAUGAUUUGGUGAAAUCGAUGAUGAGCCAUUGCAAAAUCACUGAAAACUUGCCUGCCUUGUCGGAAGAAGACCGAAUCUGGCGCACAGAAGUCGAAGCCUUCAUCGACCGUAUCCGCCGUCUCCUCGGCCACCUCUUCGAAUACCGUGAUGCCAAGGACGCCUCCGACUGUAUCGAAAUCGAGAUGAGCCGCACCGUGCAGCUGAUGAAGUUCUACAACUCGCUCGGACUGGCCGAUCUGCACAUUGCAUAUGUGUACAAGCUAUACGAGCUCCAUUCCCAAUAUGGGAAUGAUAUCGAGGCGGCUAAUACGCUGUUGAUGCAUGCCGAGAAGCUGAAAUGGACCGAGGCGGAGGUGCCUGGAUUUUUGGUGAAGAACUCGCUGAAUCGGCAUUGCGCUACGGAGCGGCAGUUGAAGGAAAACUUGUCGUUGAAUAUUGCCGAUUUGUUUUCGAGAGGCGACAUGUGGGAAAACUCGAUCGAAAUGCUCCGCCAACUCCAAGAAGUCUACUACUCGAUGGAUUAUGACUACGACAAAAUGGCCGAGCUCCUCAUCCACCAGGCCGAUCUCUUCAAAAAGAUCGGCAAAGAGAAUCGAGCCUUUUUCUACUUCUAUCUCGUCGCCUUCUACGGAAAUGGAUAUCCCCCAUUUUUGAAUGGCAAGAAAUUCGUGUUCCGGUCGGACCAGCUCGAGCGGCACCCGGAUUUCUUGCAGCGCAUGAAGCAGAUGUACGGCAAUCCGGAGACGUACACGACCAUGGAUGAUUGUUCGCAUUUGCAAAACGGGAAUGGAAGGCAUUUACAGAUCUUCAAAGUCGACCCGAUCCCUCGAGACGUGGCCAUUGGCCAAGCCGUCAACCCGGCGAUAAAGGAUUACUACCGGAACUACAAUAUCCAAUCCUUUGAAUAUAUACGGAUCCACGGGAAAAAGGAGACGAAAUGGACCGAGUUGGAGGAUAAUGAAAUGCUGAGGACAUGGGUGAUACGAAGGGUCGUCCAUGUUGAGGAGCCACUGCCAUCAGCGUUGCGAUUCUCGCAUGUUGAAGCUGAACCGAUUCCUGAAGAGAUUUCACCCCUAGCGCUGGCUGUUCAGGGCAUGAAAAACAAAAACGAGCGCCUCAUCGAAUCGGCCCAAAAAGUCCUUCACAAUCCCCUGUUCUCCAUUCGGAACUUUGCCGGAGACGUCCAAGGCGUCGUUCAAGCCUCCGUGAUGGGUGGAGUGAAGAAUUACGAGGUAUUCUUCAGCGAUGCCUGUGCUGCCAUCAUUGACGACGACGAGCGGAGGCUUUGCGACGAGUUGAGAGAGCUGAUUGUUGAGCAGGUAUCCAUUGUGGAGUACUGCAUCUACGCGCACGGUACUCGAGCCGAAGCGGACAAGAAUAUUCACAAUUUCCUGAUUGAGGGAUUCCGGGAGCACAAGGGCUAUGUUGACCGGAAGUUUGGGCAGACGACCACCCGACUACCAGCCGGUGCCUCAAUCUACAAUUGUGCCGUCGAACCUCUACCAAACCCGGGGCUGGGUGAGAAGGAGAAGAAGCCGAGCUCGACAAGCCUCGGGGCACAGCUGUUUGCCGAGGACCCGAAUAACAGCUCAUUCACGUCGCAGUCGUCGAUAAUUACGGCCGGGUCGAACACGCUGAAGAAGGGCUUCCAGAAGUACUUCAAUUCGGGGCCCAGGAAGAGCUUUAGCUCGCUUUCCGGGGUUGUCAUCAAGCAAGCCGAGAAACCAGCCGAAAUGUUCGAUCGGGUGAUGAAGACGGACCAGGUCGAGCAGUUGAAGCGCUACGUCAAAAACCACAGCCCGAUUAACUCACCGCAGAAGCGACAUAAUAGCCAAUCGUCACUCGAUACCUCGAAAAUUCGCCUAUCUGGUACGCCAAAAUCGCCCAUGAUGCCGCCGACGCCGCCGAGUACGGGGCGGAUGUCGAUGGACGAACAGUUGAAUAACGACGGGAAUGGAAACGGCACGUUAACCAGGAAGGCCAUGAAGCCGCUGCCUCCCAUCUCGUCCGACGUG